AUGUGGAUAUUACCGCUCGUCGGGUAUCUCGGCUCCGUCGUGGGCUUUUGCUUCAUGACGCUGGCCAUAGCCUCGGGGCUAUACUACCUCUCGGAGCUCGUCGAGGAACACACCGUCAUCGCGAAACGCUUCCUGACGAAGCUCAUCUACUCCAUUAUAGUGCUGCAGCUCGUGCUGUGCCUGGUCGACCGCUUCCCCUUCCUCCCGACCGCGCUGGGCAUCUUCUCCCACUUCGUCUACCUCGGCAACAUGCGGCGCUUUCCCUUCGUCAAGCUCUCGGACCCGUUAUUCCUGGCCUCAUGCAUUCUCGUGCUGUUGAACCACUACGUCUGGUUCAGGCACUUCUCCUCCCACCAGGAGCGGGCCUACCAGAACAUGGCUUCGUACUACGAUACCCCUAGCGACAUCCCGUCCUUCACCGAGAUCGCGUCCUACUUCGGCAUCUGCGUCUGGCUCGUGCCCUUCGCGCUCUUCGUCAGUCUCUCCGCGAGCGACAACGUCCUCCCCACGAUGGGCAGCGAGCCGUCGGUGUCGGCUGUCGACCCUGGGAAUGCGAAGCGACGUGGGCAGGGGAUGGCCAAGGCUCUGGUGGACAACAUCCGCAGUGCCAUUGGCGAGACUAGUGCUAUGUUUGGGUGGAAAAAGCCGGAAGAUCGGCUGUAA